UUACCUUACUUUGAUAAAGCUCGGUUAAUCGCUGAACUUAGAACCUGUUUUGUUGUGUCUUGGGAUCUCAAUCACAGUAGGGGCCCGGCUAUGUAGAGGCGAUGAGAGCGCAUCAUUUUUGCAUGUUUGUUGUGACUCUGAUAAGCUGUACUCAAGAUGUGAUGACGAUUGAAAAUAAGACAAAUUGGGGAGAGCUUUGUGGAACUUUAACUAAUUUAACUCCAAACCAGUCGCUGACUUUCCAUGGACUAGACAAUGUGGGAAUUCCAAAGUGUACCGUUCGUCUUCGAACAGAGAAUGGAUAUCUGUUACGCCUAAACAUUAAGUAUGUGCCUGACAUAUCAGGAUGUGCCAAAUCGUAUCUUCAUAUCGGAAAUGACGCUUUCAGAACUGACGUCGACUCUCUUACGUCAUAUAAAUUUUGUGAUGUCAUUUGGGAUUUAGAGAUUGUCUCACGGGGCCACUUUUUGUGGAUCGUGUACAAUAAUUCUGGAAAUGUGAAGCAUAGUCGAGAGAGCCCAGAAAUAAACGUCCAGGUUCUCAAAAAAGUGCCCUCUUGUCCAGACAGCUUUUUCCGGUGUUCUCCUGUUCAAUGUAUACCACGUGAUCGAGUUUGUGACAAAAAGAUAGACUGUCAGAAUAGAAGAGACGAGUAUUGUUUGUUUAGUCCCUCCAGGAGUGGGGUCCCAGACAAGCCCGCCUGUUUUGAAUGCGCUGAUGGUCGCUGUAUAAAUCCCGUACUUCCGGUGUAUGACGAGGACUUUGAGAAACCUCUGUCAUUUCUCUGUGAUGGUUACAAUCAUUGUGCAGAUGGCACAGACGAGAGAAAGGAUAUGUGUUAUAGAACGAAGAGUAAAGUUUCUGACCUCUUAACCUGUGUUCCCAUGGACACGAGAUUUGGUAUCAAUACAAGCGUUACGAUGUGGCAGGACCGCGUGUGUGACGGUGUUCCCCACUGUGUCAAUGGUCAGGACGAGGCAUUCUGUCUUACUGGAAUUCCUGUAAGGUUCCGUAUGAGUUCGAGCGUCAUUAUCAUUCUGACCUGUGCCGGGACCUUGCUCAUUGCCUGGAUUGCCUGCUUCGCUUACAGAAUACGCAACAAAAGCCGUGCUUCAGACCCAUUCCAAGAUCAGAUCACCUCGCGCAGCCGCAUCUACCAGUCACGUGAUAGCCAAAACCCGGCAGAAAUAUGUCGCUUACAAACUGUAUCCGAAGAAUCCGAAAAAUGGGAGUGACCACCAAUCAUUUUUUGGUGAAACUUUUAUAUAACUGUUUCCAUUAAGUUUUCCUUUUUAUUAUUUUCAUUGAUGUCAUGUGAUAUUAGUAAUUACAUAGUGUCAUUUAG